AUGGCUGGGCCGUGGCUGCUGCUUCUCCUGGCCCUGGGGUGUCCAGCUCUGCCCACAGGUGUGGGCCACACGCCCUUCCCCUCUCUGGCCCCACCAAUCACGCUGCUGGUGGACGGAAGGCGGCAGACGCUGGUGGUCUGCAUGGUCUUGGAUGUUGCACCCCCGGACCCAGCCAGCCCCAUCUGGUUCUCAGCUGGCAACGGCAGCGCAGUGGACGCCUUCACCUACGGCCCAUCCCUUGCGAUGGAUGGCACCUGGACUAGUGUGGCCCAGCUUUCGCUGCCCUCGGAGGAGCUGGCAUCCUGGGAGCCCUUGGUCUGCCACACGGGGCCCAGGACUGGGGGCCGCAGCCGGAGCACACAGCCCCUCCAGCUAUCAGGUGAGGCCUCCCCAGCCAGGCGCUGCCCCCAGGAGCCUCCUAGGGGGAUGGCAGCCCAGGCCCUGAGGCUGGGGGCGCUGCGCCUGCUGCUCUUCAAGCUGCUGCUGUUGGACGUGCUCCUGACCUGCCACCGCCUCGUGCCCCCAGGGCCCACCUAGCCCUUCCAGCCAGGGCCAGCGGCCGGACUCACAGGACCUGCCCUUAGUACCCACUCCUCUAGCCUGGGAGCAUUUUUUUGCAUAUGACCUGCCUCCCCUUGAAGCCCAAAGCUUCCUGGGGCUGGGCUCUGCCUCCACUCUCAGACUGUCUCUCCCUUCACACGGGAAGCCCUUCCAGGGUGGCGAUCCACCCAGGCCCUGCAGUGUCUCUGGUGCAGAGAGCUGAGCACAAAGAACCUGAUGAAAAGUCUCCUUCUCUCUCUCUCCCUCUCUCUCUGUAACUCUGCCUUUUAAAUAAAUAAA